CUAAACGCAAUCGAGAAAGCAAGAUGGCCACGUGCAUAGGCACCACUGUGCCAUUUCUUAUUUUGAUUAUUACUUUUCUAUCCUUGGUAACUUCUGUUGAUCGUAGUAACUUCAAAACAUGUGAUCAAAGUGGAUUUUGUAGGAGAAAUCGUAAUUUAACACCUGGUCAAUCUCCCUAUUAUUUACAAAUGAAUACAAUAAAAACAACAGCUUCAAAAAUAGAAGGAAAUAUUGUGAAUGGAAAAAAUGGCGUGGAGUUUAAAUUUCAGUUAUCAGCAUUAGUUUCAAAUAUGUUACAUAUAAAAAUAAAUGAAUUAACACCUCUGAGACCCAGAUUUGAACCAAAAGAAGUUUUGAUAGGAGAACCUCCAGAAACAAACUUACAGAUAACAAAUCAAGAUUCUGAAGGAAUUACUGCAACAUUUGGUAAUAAUAAAGCUGUUGUAACAGCUAAUCCAUUUCGUAUAGAUGUGUAUACUAAUGAUCAGCUAGUAAUUAGUGUAAAUCCUCGUGGUUUGAUGAGAUUUGAACAUCACAGACUUAAGGAUCAAGGUAAACAAGUUAAAAAUGAAGGAGAAGAAUCUGAAAAUAAUGUUGAGCAGCCACUUCAAGAAGAAGAAACACCAGACGCUUGGUGGGAAGAAACUUUCAAGGGAAAAACGGAUUCUAAGCCACAUGGGCCUUCUUCUGUUGGAAUGGAUUUCUCUUUUGUUGGGUUUGAGCAUGUUUAUGGUAUUCCCGAACAUGCAGAUAAAUUUUCAUUAAGGACAACAGUAGGAUCAACAGAUCCUUUUCGUCUUUACAACCUUGAUGUUGCUGAAUAUGAAUUGAAUAAUCCCAUGGCUCUUUAUGGUUCAAUUCCCUUUAUGGUUGCACAUAGUGAAACUCAGACUGUUGGUCUAUUGUGGUUGAAUGCAGCUGAAACUUGGGUAGAUGUUGUAUCCACAUCCAAACAGAGUGUUGUAUCAUCUAUUGUUGAUUUUGUGAAAGGAAAUUCUCAGAUGCCACAAACUAGUACACAUUGGUUUUCUGAAAGUGGUAUUAUCGAUGUUUAUUUGCUCUUGGGGCCUCAUCCUAAAAAUGUUGUAAGACAGUAUGCACGCUUGACUGGUACAACACCAUUACCUGCGUAUUUUUCACUUGCGUAUCAUCAAUGUCGAUGGAAUUAUAAAGAUCAAGAUGAUGUGAGAAAUGUCGAUUCUGGAUUUGAUGAAAAUGAUAUUCCAUAUGAUGUUAUUUGGCUAGAUGUUGAUCAUACAGAUGGAAGAAGGUAUUUCACAUGGGAUCCAUAUAAUUUUCCCACACCUGAAAUAAUGCUUAAUAAUAUCACUGCUAAAGGAAGGAAAAUGGUGACAUUAGUUGAUCCUCAUAUUAAACGAGACAGUGGUUACUAUGUGCAUAAAGAAGCGAGUGAUUAUGGUUAUUAUGUAAAAAAUAAAGAUGGUAAUGACUAUGAAGGUUGGUGUUGGCCAGGUUCUUCUGGAUAUUUAGAUUUUUUAAAUCCAAUUGUUAGAGACUGGUGGGCCGAAAAAUAUUUAUUAGAACAAUAUAAAGGCUCUACUCUAUCAUUAUAUACUUGGAAUGACAUGAAUGAGCCAUCUGUAUUUAGUGAGCCAGAGAUUACCAUGCCAAAAGAUUGUAAACACUUCGGUGGCUGGGAACAUCGUGAUGUCCAUAAUAUUUAUGGUAUGUUAAUGGUGAUGGGUACAUAUAAAGGACAUCUAAUGAGGUCCAAAGGACAACAAAGACCAUUCAUAUUAUCAAGGUCAUUUUUUGCUGGAUCGCAAAGAUUUGGUGCUGUAUGGACAGGUGAUAAUGAUGCAGAUUGGGGUCAUCUACGUAUUACAGUUCCUAUGCUUUUAUCUUUGAGUAUAACCGGUAUGUCUUUCUGUGGAGCUGACGUUGGUGGAUUUUACAGAAAUCCUUCUGCAGAAUUGACAUUACGAUGGUAUCAGGCUGGAGCAUUUCAACCAUUCUUCCGAUCACAUUCUCAUCAUGAUACAAGAAGAAGAGAGCCAUGGUUAUUUGAUCAAGAAAUUAAAAUGCUUAUAAGAGAAGCUAUAAGAAAACGUUACUCUUAUCUUCCAUUUUGGUAUACAUUAUUUUAUCAGAACGAACAAACAGGAAUUCCACCAAUGAGGCCCAUCUGGAUGGAAUUUCCUAAAGAAAAAGAGACAUUUGAUUUAGACGAUGAAUAUAUGGUGGGCUCGGCAUUGCUUGUCCGUCCAGUAUUAGACGCUGGCGUUAGCAGUGUAAAUGUUUACUUCCCUGGAAAAAAUGAGAUAUGGUAUGACAUUGAUACAUAUCAAAAAUAUGAUGGUUCUCAACAAUUAUCCUUCCCUGUUAGCCUUAGUAAGAUUCCAGUAUUUCAACGAGGUGGAACUAUUAUUCCAAAAAAAGAAAGAAUACGCAGAAGCUCUUCUCUCUCUCAUCAAGAUCCUUACACUUUUGUUGUUGCACUUGAUAAAUCAGGUCAGUCAGCAAAUGGCACUUUAUUUGUUGAUGAAGGAGAUAGUUUUCAUUAUAAAGAAGGAGAUUAUUUAUUGCUUUCUCUAAAUUUUAACAAAAAUGUAAUAUCAUCGAAAUUAACAGAAGGACCAGGAAAAUUCCAAACUAAAGCCUGGCUUGAGAGAAUUGUAAUAAUUGGAGUUACGUCAUCUCCUAAAAGUAUUCAUAUAGAUACUAAAGAUGGAGAUUCCAGAGAUCUACAAUUUACUUACAAUAGCGAAACAAAAGUUUUAGUGAUACGCAGACCAGCAGUCAACAUAGCACAAGAAUGGAAAAUUACAAUUAAAUCUUAA